CAUCUGUCAAAAUUUUGCCUAUUUUUCUGUCAAAACAAAUUCAUUGAUAAUUUCCAAAUUAAAAAAUAAGUACCUAAGUAAUAUUGUUAUUACUGUGCAAAAUGGGUCUUUUUGGAAAAUCUCCUGAAAGAAAUCCUAAAGAAAUGGUAAACGAGUGGUCACAUAAGAUACGCAAAGAAGGAUAUAACUUGGAUAGACAAAUUAGAAGUAUACAAAGAGAAGAGGAUAAGAUUAAAAGAUCUCUAAAGGAAGCUGCAGCCAAGAAUGACAAACAAGUGUGCACAAUACUGGCUAAAGAGAUCAUUCGAUCUCGGAAGGCUAUCAGUAAAAUAUAUACAACUAAAGCACAUCUCAAUUCUGUGCAGAUGCAGAUGAAGAAUCAAUUAGCCACAUUAAGAGUUGCUGGCUCAUUGCAGAGGUCAACUGAGGUAAUGCAAGCGAUGCAAGCACUGAUCCGUCUUCCAGAAAUAGCAGCCACUAUGCAGGAGAUGAGCAAAGAGAUGAUGAAGGCUGGCAUCAUCGAGGAGAUGCUGGACGAGACCAUGUCAGGCAUGGAGGAUGAGGAGGAAAUGGAGGAGGCGGCGCAGAGUGAAGUUGAUAAGGUAUUAUGGGAGCUAACGCAAGGCAAGUUGGGCGAGGCGCCGGCGCCCCCCACGGCUGUGGGCGCACCUUCCACCAGCAAGGAGGAGGACGUCGUGCCAGAGACCACUGAGAGUGAACUGGAUGAGAUGGCGUCACGAUUAGAGGCACUUAGGUCUUAAUACUACUGCGGUUGUGUUCAUGAUAUGCACCAAGUGUCGGAGACAAGAUAAGAGAAGGCUGCCGACUCCAAGCCGCCACGGAUUGACAAUUGCCUUAGAACAAUGUAAAUAAUUGUUGAUUGUAUGUUUGUAAUUAUGUUUGUACGUCCGUACGAGAGUUUUUACAACAAAUUGUAACUUUAUUGUAAUGUUUAUAGAGUUCAUUUUGUCACUGAGAGAUUUCAUAUUAUAUUCUGUUGGGAAUGUUGAGUCCUAUGAUUAGGAUGAUAUAUUUUAUCUUAAACUACUAAUACUUGCAUUGUUUCACAGUUUUUAAUGAUUUUUUAUUGGUCUACUACACCCACAGAAAUUAUUAUGGAAAUAUUUUACGUAAGUUCAUAAAACCAUUAUAUUGUAUCAUAGAAAUUGAUGCUGUAUUUAAAAGCUACUAAAACUUCUGUUUCGUUUUACGAAGUGCCCCAAUGAAUAUUGUAGUAUCGUCCAAAGGAGUUCAAUAUUAUAACUACAUGAAUAAAGUUUAAAAAUUUUACGAAAAGAAUUAUUAUUGGGUGACAGUUUUAGCUCGAUAUAAUGUAUGAAUCUGAUAUAUAUCGAAUAAAUGGUACAAACUGCUUUAUUGGAAUUAAUGUGUAUGAAAAAGGCUUGUUGACGCAUUUUUUACCGUGCACCAUUAUUGUUAACAAUUUUAAAUAAUAUAUUAUAACUCGACCACGCGAAAUGAAAGGGAUAAUAUGAUUAUCGUACUUUUAACAUUUUAACCGGCUUCCAAAAAUAGGAGGUUCUCAUUUCGGUUGCUUUUAUUGUAAUUGCCAUCAGUUUGACCCGUGUUACAAACAAUGUUGUUUUCAAAGCAAGUAACGCAUCUAUAAUAUACAAUGAAAUACAAUGUCAAUAUAUUAUUUCUAGUUGCGCGUAACCUCAAUAUUUGAUUAUUUUGUGGGGAUAACUCAAGGAUUGAAGGAUGAAGUGCUUUUGAAUUGCCAACGGAACGAAUAAUACAUGAUAUAAUAUGAUAGCAUAAUGAAUAAUGUGUAUAGGAGGAUCUGGGUAUGAAGCAUUGAUGCACAAGUGCUAAAUACACCCACGACAGUGGCGUAGCGUACUUUAACACUUUUACACAAAUAUGUAUGUAUUAUUUUAUCACCACUAGAGAAUUAUUUUAUCAGCAUAAAAUACUAAUAUUUUUUGUAAAUAUGUAUCGGAAAACUUUCCAGGCGACUCCCUCUGUCCAAAUUAUCGGACUAUAAUUACUUUAGGUUUUCUAAAGUUUCUGCUUUACGCCAGAAAAACGUAGUUUAUUUUGAAUGUUGUGAUUACUGAAAUAAAAUAAAAUUGAGAAGUUAUUAUAAGUUUUGCUUACGCACGUUGGAGCCCCGUUCGUAUAAUUGAUACGACAGAUAAGGCGCUGGCUACGCGCUUGCAACAGAGUAUUCUAAAUAAAAUAUUGCCAUAUUAUAGUACUUCUCAACGAUAAUAGAUGAAAUUAGACUUUAAAAUAUGCCCUCAUCAUCGUCGCAUUUUGUGAGUAAAACCGUGAGCAAAAACUAAUAUUGUAAUCGCAUUAUAAAUACAUUUAAGUUCACUUGUGAUAUAUAUUUAAAUAGCUUUUCUAAUCGCUAGUGUUAGAACGCGGACCUAAUGUCGAACUGUUAUGGCAGAUGUCUACUUCAGUUGUGAAAUAAAAUGCACUAACUAUUAUAUAAA